AUGCACCCGCCGCCGCCCCCCGCCCGGCCGCCUCCGGGCCGCGCGUCCGCCGUCUGCUGCCCGCCCCGUCUGCGGCCCCGGCCCCCACGCGAGGGUCUGCGGCCGCGCGGGACCCUCUCCCCUCCAGCCUCUUCUGCCCGUGGGAGCCGAACCCUGCAGGUCAGCGCAGGAGCCCACUCUCUGAGCCAUGCUGGGCCCCGGGCGGCCUCCAGCGAGCCCAAGGCCGGCACCCACAUAGCCAUGAACAGCCACAGUCACAGCCACAAUGGCUGUGGGGGGCGGCCGCUGGGCAGUGGGCCGGGUGCCCUGGGCAGAGACCCUUCGGAGCCCGAGGCCGGCCACCCCCCCCAGCCCCCACACGGCCCGAGCCUCCAGGUAGUGGUGGCCAAGAGCGAGCCAGCCCAGCCCUCACCUGGCAGUCCCCGGGGACAGCCCCAGGACCAGGAAGACGAGGAGGACGAUGAAGAGGAUGAGGCAGGCAGGAGGAGGGACUCAGGGAAGACCCCGAACGUCGGCCACCGCCUGGGCCACCGGCGGGCACUCUUUGAGAAGCGGAAACGCCUCAGCGACUAUGCCCUCAUCUUCGGCAUGUUCGGCAUCGUUGUGAUGGUGACCGAGACGGAGCUGUCUUGGGGGGUCUACACCAAGGAGUCCCUGUACUCAUUUGCACUCAAAUGCCUCAUCAGCCUCUCUACGGUCAUCCUGCUGGGCCUGGUCAUCCUCUACCACGCCCGGGAGAUCCAGCUGUUCAUGGUGGACAACGGGGCAGACGACUGGCGCAUCGCCAUGACGUGCGAGCGCGUCUUCCUCAUCUCUCUGGAGCUCGCCGUGUGCGCCAUCCACCCGGUGCCCGGCCACUACCGCUUCACGUGGACGGCGCGGCUGGCCUUCACGUACGCACCGUCGGCGGCCGAGGCCGACGUGGACGUGCUGCUGUCCGUCCCCAUGUUCCUGCGCCUCUACCUGCUGGGCCGCGUCAUGCUGCUGCACAGCAAGAUAUUCACAGACGCUUCCAGCCGCAGCAUCGGCGCCCUCAACAAGAUCACCUUCAACACACGCUUUGUCAUGAAGACGCUCAUGACCAUCUGCCCGGGCACUGUGCUGCUCGUCUUCAGCAUCUCCUCCUGGAUCAUCGCCGCCUGGACCGUGCGAGUCUGUGAGAGGUACCACGACAAGCAGGAAGUGACCAGCAACUUUUUGGGGGCCAUGUGGCUCAUCUCCAUCACCUUCCUCUCCAUCGGCUAUGGUGACAUGGUGCCCCACACCUACUGCGGGAAGGGCGUGUGCCUGCUCACUGGCAUCAUGGGGGCUGGCUGCACAGCACUCGUGGUGGCCGUGGUGGCCCGGAAACUGGAGCUCACCAAGGCAGAGAAACACGUGCACAACUUCAUGAUGGACACUCAGCUCACCAAGCGGGUAAAAAAUGCCGCUGCUAACGUUCUCAGGGAGACGUGGCUCAUCUACAAACACACCAGGCUGGUGAAGAAGCCAGACCACGCCCGGGUUCGGAAACACCAGCGUAAGUUCCUCCAAGCCAUCCAUCAAGCUCAGAAGCUCCGGAGUGUGAAGAUUGAGCAGGGGAAGCUGAAUGACCAGGCCAACACUCUCGCCGACCUGGCCAAGACCCAGAAUGUCCUGUACGACCUCAUGUCCGAGCUGCACGCCCAGCACGAGGAGCUUGAGGCCCGCCUGGCUGCCCUUGAAAGCCGCCUGGAUGCACUGGGCACCUCCCUGCAGGCCCUGCCCGGCCUCAUCGCCCAAGCCAUACGCCCGCCCCCACCACCCCUGCCUCCCCGGCCUGGCCCCGGACCCCUGGACCAGGCAGCCCGGAGCCCCCCAUGCCGGUGGCCACCCGUGGCCCCUUCAGACUGCGGGUGA